UGCAGACUCCACCCUGUCUCUUCAUGCCAAAAAAGGACCUGCACAACUAAAUUUAUCCCCAUCAAAACCCCAAUAAAAAUUCCAAAUCCCAUCUCCAUUACCCACCCUUUAGAACCUUGUUAGCCAUUAACACAAAAAAAAAAAAAAAAAAAAAACUCUCUUGCCCUUCUCUUUCGGGGUUGGGCAAGAGAUCAUAAAGAAUAAUACAUCACAAUGGGGAUAUUGUAUGGCAUGGUGGCAAGAGGUCCUGUGGUCUUGGCAGAAUUUAGCAGCAUUGCACAAACAAAUGCAAACACCGUAGCAAGGCAGAUUCUUGAUAAAAUCCCUCGUGGAAAUGAAGAUAGUAAUUCAUCGUAUUCUCAUGAUCGUUACAUUUUUCAUGUUAAAAGAACCGAUGACCUUACCGUUCUUUGCAUGGCUGAUGAUGCCACCGGACGGAGAAUCCCAUUUGAAUUUCUCGAGGACAUUCAUCAAAGAUUUGUGAAGACAUACGGCCGUGCAAUUCAUACAUCUGCUCCCUAUGCCAUGAAUGAAGAGUUUUCCAGGAUCAUGAGCCAACAGAUGGACCAUUUUUCAAAUGAUCCGAAUGCGGAUCGAUUGAACCGUUUACAGGGUGAAAUGAGUCAUGUAAGGAGUGUCAUGAUCGACAACAUUGACAAAGUGUUGCAGAGGGGAGAUCGGCUGGCGCUGCUAGUUGAAAAAACUUCCACAUUGCAAGGAAAUACAAUUCGCUUUCGGCGACAGACUCAGCGUUUCAGAAAUACACAGUGGUGGAGAAAUUUCAAGCUCAAGGCUACAUUGAUACUAUUUCUCUUGAUUUUCAUUUAUACUGUACUCGCAUUGUUUUGUCACGGCCCUUCACUUCAUUCCUGCUUGAAGUAGAAACGCACAAGAUCAGCUGCUGCUGCUGCUGCUGGAUGGCUUAUUAUUACAUAUUCAUGGGUUUGUCCUACUUCUUUCACUUUGUAAUUCUUUUAUUCAAAUGAAAUUCAGUGUUGUAAUUUUCGAGCAAUCCUCAGGAGAUUCAAAUCUCUUGUACAUGUACAAAGGAUUCAAAAGAAAUCCUGACACAUAAGUAAGCGUGCAUGUACUCUGUUACUCUGUUCCAACAUUUUAAUGCAGGGAGUUGAACUGAAAUGAUCUACCAUUGUAGCUA